GCUAGUAAGUAGUGUGAAAUCUUCAUCCCUGGGAGAGAGCGGUGUUGCAGAGGGUGUUUCUCGAGGGUUUGCUUCUGUCCACUGCGCAAAAUGCUCAACCCGCAGAGGUCUCUGUCCGAGCUGCCCAAGAUGUCCGCUGCCAGUCAAGUGGAGAGGGCUGUGUUGGAGGAGGAAUUCAACUGGCUGCUCAAAGAAGAAGUGCAUGCUGUCCUAAAGCAGCUCCAGGAUGUCCUUAAGGAGGCAUCUAGACGCUUCUCAAUGCCGACCCCGGGCCUGGAGAGUCAGCUCAAACAGGAAAACUUCAUCCUCGGCAGCUCAACCAUGGAUCAAGUGAAGGGUGUGCUGACUCUGCAGGGAGAGGCACUGACUCAGGCUGACAUAAACCUGAAGGUCGCAAAAAGCAGCCAAGUGCUGCACUUUCAGUUCAGAGAAGACAAACAGUGGAAGCUGCAGCAGAUCCAGGACGCCAGGAACCACGUAAACCAGGCUCUGCAGCUGCUGAACAGCCGUGACGAGAGCUACCACUUCAAGACAGGGGCCGAGGUUAAUAAGCUCAUGGAUGCAGUGAUGCUCCAACUGACGCGAGCACGAAACCGCCUCACUACCCCGGCCUCCAUGACACUGCCUGAGCUGGCAACCAGUGGUCUGAUGAAAAUGUUCACUCCUCCCAUGCCGGGGGACGUGAUGGUGAACUUUUACAUCAACUUGAGCAAACUCUGUCUGACUGUCUACCAACUUCACGUGCUGCCUCCCAACACCACCAAGAAUUUCAAACCAGCUGGAAGCUCAGUGUUGCACAACCCGGGAGCAAUGUUCGAGCUCAACAACAACCGUUUCGAGGUGAGCCAUGUUCACAAGGUGGAGUGCGUGGUGCCUUGGCUCAAUGACACUCUGGUGUUCUUCACCAUCUCCCUGCAGCUGUGUCAGCAGCUCAAGGACAAGAUCUCGGUCUUCUCGAGUUUCUGGAACUACAGACCUUUCUAAUCCUCCUCCAGACCUCCAGACGAACCACACAAGUGUAAGGGACAUCCUGGGAAAGGGUUUUUUUUUUUUUUUUUUUUUUUUUACAUAUUAAUCAUCCAGUCAUUCUGUCUGAGGUGUAUCAUGAUUAGGCCACGGAGCCAAUCAAACCCCAACAGAUAACCAAUAUUUGCCAUUCCUGGUUGUGUUAGCCUAGCUGACUGGCAUUUCUCUUAUAUAUGUGUGUAUUGCAUCUCACGGCACUGACUUGAACCUCCGAGAGAACGAAUGUGAUUGUUGCUGAUUUAUCGUUAGAGUUAUUUGUUGUCACAUAAUACUUUGCUGAGUAUUUAUCUGGUACGUAUCCCAAAGCUAUAAUCCAAACUGUCUUAUUGUGUGGAACACUGAUUUGUGUACUCAGGGCGAGAAGGUGAAACAGUUGUAAGAGCUCAUACCGGGAGUUUUCUUUUCGGAACUACUUUUUAGUUCCCUCACAAACAAGUCUUUUGCAUCCCCAACACGCACGAUACACAUGUCUUUAAAAGCCACAGACAUAUCAGCUUUUUACCGUGAGUGAUGACAAAACGUUAUCGGCCGAAGCUGGAAGCCGUUUUGGUUAUUUCACACGACAGAUUGGUGUAUUUGUGUGUUUUUCUCUGAGCUCUUCUCACUGGUUUGAAGUGGGCGGGGCUCAGAUGGAAAAGGGGUGAUGCCAGAAAUGUCAUGAAUGAUAUUUUUAUUAAGCUAAACCAAGUUUUCAAGGGUUUUACAUUGUUACAUUUGUCGAAUAUAUAUGGUCGUGGUCUUUCUCUCGGUCAGCGUAGUUGAGCUACAGGUCAGCAGCCUGUUAGCUUAUGUUAGCAUUAAGGCUGGAAACAGGUGGCGACAGCCAGACUGUCCAGCCCACGACAGUUCCCUUAAAGUUUGGCUGAUUCCAUAACUUUGCUUAUUUAUCAGCGACAGGUCAUCGGUGCCCUUGAGGUCAGUAAGUUCAUCGUUUAUCAAUGCUGGGUGUUGCACAAAUACAAACAACAACAAAAUCAACCCUGUGAGGAGAUUUUUUUAAAAAGUGUUACGAAAACACUUCCUGCUGUGAGCUCUGAGGGGAGGAGAACAUGUCUGUGACAGUGUUUUUUUUGUUGUUGUUGUUGUUUUGUUUUUUUAGUUUCUGAAAAUGAGUUUAUUACUCACAUUCCCUACUUAUCACUACAUAAAUAUGUCCAACUGUUAAGCUACCCGUCAUGUCAGUUGAUGUAGACGUCAAGUAUUUUAGUCUGUCCUACGUUCGUAUUUAUUUUUUACGUUUGUUUUUGCACACAUUGAUUCCCUGUGAACCAAAUCCAACCGUGAACAAACGACUUCAUUCCAGUAAGUGUUAACUCUAUUUUGAAAAAAGCUGCCUAUCAUAUAAAACGUGGAAAUUAUUUAUCUGUGCAAUAAAAUAUUCUAAACGA